AUGUCACAGUCGCUUCCAAAACUUCCAUCGAUUCAGCGGGUGUUUCUUGAAUCAAUAGCAUCAAGCGACCCAGAAGGACGUUUCAUAGAAGUUAAUGGAAUCCAAACUUUUUAUAAAUUAUCGAUUCCGCAAAAACACCAACAAUUAUUGCAACAACAGCAACUUAUUCCAAAUGAACCAAAUAAACCUGUAAUUCUCUUAUUGCAUCAUAUUCUUGGAAACCAAUAUACUUGGAGGCUUCUUAUGCAACCUUUGGCCGAUGCUACAGGAUGUCAUGUUAUAGCUUAUGAUAGACCAACUUUUGGCUUUACCGAGAGGCCAACUCAUUGGGAGGAAGGAAAAAAUCCUUAUACGCAAGAGGCAUCUGUAGAAUUUAUACAUCAACUCAUAUCUGCCUUAGGUUAUGAGGGAAAAAAGAUUUCAUUUGUAGGAGUUUCUGCUGGCGGAAGUAUAAGUUGUUCCUUUGCUAUUAAAUAUCCAAACCUAGUACAUUCUCUAUGUUUAUUGGCUCCUUCCUUAAAACCUGAAGACCAAGGUCCACCGCCAAUUGGUCGACACAUAUUAGGUUCAGCGCCAGGGCGACUUUUCCUAAAAGCCGCACUAUAUCGAUACAUACCAUUAACAACGCUUUAUCAUGACUGUAAUUCCAUUCCUGACUGGGAAACGGUGGUGAAGCCAAAUUAUCGAAUUCCGUUAACUUUACCAAAUUUUUAUGAAUCACUUUCAUGGUUGAUGAAAUAUUUUACACCAUUAGUAAUUUUACCUUACAAAAGCUAUUUAGCGCGAUUACCAAUUUUAUAUUUAUCUGGUGAUGAUGACAAGUACACGCAUGUCGAUAACCACAUAGAAGUUUAUGAAGAAAUUCGUUCGGUUGCUCCUCCAGACGCUAAAUUGGAAUUUAAGAUAUUAAAUAAUUGUGGACAUUUACCUCAAGACGAAAGUCCUGAAGAGGUUUUUAAUUCCAUUGUUGCCUUUUUGAAUAGGGUUGGAAUUUAA